CUUUGUUUUGACUGAGAACAAAAGUUGCAGCCGAACUCAAACUGUCAUUGUGUGUAAGGAAAACAGCCUAAACAUGAAGAAUAGACGACACAGGGCUCAUUCAGGAGAGAAGGUGCUCCAGUGAUAGACUACAGUCAUACGACACACGAAUGUUUGUGUAAUAUUGUGUGUCACGUCUGAUUCAAGCGUGUGUGUGGAUGAGACGAGACUUUCACGGAGCUGCUGCGCGUGUCUGGAGUGACAGAAGAGGGUUUCUUCAGAACAUCAUGAGACUGUGAGCUCAGUGUGGAAUCAGUUAUGGCGGAAAUCGACAUCGACAAAUCUCACCUGCCCGGUGUUUAUGACGUGUGCCAGUGUUUCUCUGUGUUAGAGGACGGAGCUCUGGCUCACAGUCUUCAAGAGCAGGAAAUUGAGCAGUUUUACAGCUCCAACAUCCAGAAGAACCAGGCGGUGCAGAAUGAUGUUCGUUUGGCCCGGAGGCUGCAGGAGGAAGAGGAACAGCGAGCGGAUCUCCGCCGAGACCUUCGGCAGCUGGAGGAAGAGGACUGCAGAUAUGCACAGAUGAUUCAGGAAGAGCUCCAGAGGUGUGCCGAGGAGGCCAGGAGGCGAGAGGAAGAGGAUGAGGAAAUUGCUAAACAGCUACAGGAAGAAGAAGAAAUGGAGAUGAGACGGCAGAGGGCUGAUGCUGGUCACCAUGAAAAUGGCUGUGUUUCUCCGCUAUGUGAAGGGUUGGGAAUCUGGGAGCAGGUGCUUCAGGACGCUGAGUUGGCCCGUAGACUUCAGGAGGAAGAGGACAUGUUGCCUCGCAGAGAUCAGUUUCCUCGGAGCUCUGGAUCAGAGGUGGACUUCAUUGCGGCUCAAGUAGCCCAAGAUGAGGAGAUCGCUCACUACAUGCAGCGGCAUCAGAGGAGAGUCAAAGACAGGCCACAAGACCUAGAGAUCCAGACGAGACCUGCUGAACCAAGAGAUGAAGGAAACACCACAACUAGGAAGGCUCUUCAGAUGUUGCGAGAGAGGCUGAACUCAGACGGACUGCAUUCGCCUGUGGAAGAGGAAGAAUACACCAUUGAAAACCAUCUAGCAAGCCCAUCAUGCACUACACUCCGAAACCAACACAUACACAACAUUGCAGAGGAACUGGACCCAACGUUCAAGGCUAGAAAGCGUGAGAGCCAAAUUUCCACCAGCCCCCAGUCAGCAGGUCUGUGCUUGGCCCCUCGUAACCCGCACAGUAUCUUUUAUGACUAUUUACCAGAACCCACCUUCAUACCACCAACUAAGCGGCAGAACGACAAAGCAGGGCGUCACAAAGCCAAAGACAAGAAAGAGAACUGUAAACAACAGUGAACGGAUGACUAAUUCAGUAGAGUCUCUAAGUUUUGUCUUUUGAGUGAAUAAACAAGUAUUAUAUAAUCAAUUGUAUAGACACAGAUUAAUCUGUUGUUAGACUGAGUGAUUCUCUGAUGUUCCAUUCAUGCACUCUUAGGAAAAAAAAGGUUCAUUGGGGUUCUAUAUAGAUGUUUAAAGUCCCCCUGUGGUGAGAAUCAAGUUUUUAAUGUUGUUUAUAUGUCUAUGUGGUGUUUUUUAAUAUGGCAAGCCAUGUGCAAAUUCAUAAGUCAACACCAUUGCUGAGUAUUUUCUGUUUAAAACUGCAGUGAUCUAAAGACAGUUUCAAAAACGUGGUUUAAAAUCGUUGGUGUUUCUGACGUCACAAACUACCUUGUAACCAAUCACGGCAACGUGCCGAUGGGCUUUAGCAUAUCAUUAACUAUGACCGAUCUGAAGCAGGGGAGUCUCAAGAGAAGGUUAUCCCAGCAUAUUUUUCUGUUGACAUGAAAAAUCGGGUGAUUUAGCAAUAUAGUGAGUGGAUGAUGUGUAUUACGAUGUUAUGAUGAACUAUAUGCCUUUCUCCACUUACGUUCUAAGUUGUUAAAAAAGUUUGUAAAGAUGCUGAUUUUUAGAAGACAGCUGUCUGACUCUAAGAUGAAGAACAGAAACAUGGUUUGCAACACAUUAUUAGCUGUUUGAUAAUACAGUCAAGCAAAAGGCUAAUCAUAUUAAUUACAGUUAUGCGUCCGACAUUGUAAAAACAAUACCAUUGUGCAGUGUUUACCUCAAGAAGUUGACCGAGUGGAUCUCUGAGCUCGCGUGAGUGAGUGGAGGCGGGGCUAAUUAGCAUAUUCAUAGAUCUGCAUAUAUUAAAUGAAGCAAGGGUGUAGAGUUACAUUCAAGCUAUUUUAAAGCAUGAAGACAUUUUUUUCACAGGAAAAAAAACGUUUAAAUAUGUAAUUUGGGUGAUCAAAGAUGAGUUUUAAGGGAUAAAAUUAUUGACUUCAGGGGGACUUUAAUGGGUUAUUUAAUUUUUUUCUAGUGAUAAAACAUGUUUACCAGCUGUUUAAUUCAUAAAAUUCAAUCUAAAUAAAGAAUGAAUUAAAACAAAAUGUAUUAAAUCUAAAUCCAUAAAACGAUCCCAUGAUGGAAACCCUUGAAGCACCUGACAGAACCCUUUAAGGUUCUAUAUAGAACCUUUUCUUCUAAAAGUGUGCAACUUGUAAAUGGAACAACACUUGAAGUUGGUCUUCAAACUUUGACUCUAAAGCUGCGAUUUCAUCCUGUUGUUGAAUGGAAACACACUAACAUGGCAGCACCAGGGAAAUGUAUUAUACAUAAUUAAUGUUAAACACUCACUUUUAAUCUAUCAAAAUACAUUGAGUCAAAUUCCUUCAUUAAAUGAUGAUGAAACCUGUUUUGCAUGCACUUGCAGAGACAGGUCUGUACAACACUAUAAUUUUUUUAAAUCUCUGUUGUUACUUGUACACCUGCAAAAUGAGUAUAAGCAUAGAAUGCUGCAGGGAUAAUGUAUUUUUGUAGGCCAAAACCAGGAAACAAGUUCAAAUCAAGUCAGUCAAGUGAACCAUUCAAGUCAAUGGUUAUGGUCUGUGGUUAACAACGUUCACGUUUUAUUCUACGACAUAAAAUACAUCAUUAAUGCCCCUUGUGAUUUUGUCUUGAAAAGGGCAGUUGCUAACAAGUGGCUAAGGAUGUCGAAGACAUUAAAUGUCAUUAGACUGAACUGGUAAACUCAUCUACAUCUACUCAGCCUCAUUGUUUAUAAUCGUGUUCUUAUAAUGUUUUAAGUAAAAGGUGCAUACACGCCAUGUCAUAAAUACCGUAAUUACAAGAUUUCAACUUGUAAAAAGCAUUCACGUCCUCGUAGAGCUCGUAAUUACAAUUUGCAAGCUAGGAAUUUUCUGAGAGCUCCUACUUGUACCACCUGACCACUGCAGAUUCAUUUAGGCGUUGAUAGUUUUGCCACAGUAAUUACGACAUGGCGUGAAUGCAGCACUUUGAACGCUUUUUACAAAUUGAAAUCUUGUAAUUACGAUAUGGUGUGAACGCACCCAUGGUGACGUUGAAGUCAUGUGACCAUGGUGUAUUUUUGUUUAUAGCCUACGUUUAGCUUUUCACUUCUGCCAAUUAUAUUUACGCUUCAAAAUCAUAAAAGAUUAUCAUGAUUAAGAAUCAAGAAUCAUAAACUUUUGUUGGUCAAAGACCUUAUUUUCUGUAAUAAUCCAAAAGACAAUGGAAAAAUCACAUUGGGUUUUGUCAACUGAACCAGGGAUUGCCUUACAAAAAUACGUCAUCACUGCAGCUUCCUAUUAGUGAUGUUUCACAAUUAGAUAUCCAGGAGACAUCUUUGUUGACAAUCAAACACCUGCUGAGAUAACACUCUCCACAUGUUGGGCAAUAGAUCAUCUUUAUGGUUAAAAGUUGAAAAUAUCACGUGUAAAUAUCGCACAUUCGCACAUGUUUCUGGAUGGAAUGCAGCAUAAUCUGUGAUCAUAUACAAGACUUUCGAGGUUAAAUACAAGACUGAAUAUAUAGUUUUUUAAUCUUCAGGUUAAUAGGAGUCUUUUAAUAACAUCUUUGUUAAAUAAAACAGGUCAACCGGAAUACACCAUAGACCUAUGAUUUUAUGUUUGUAUGAGGGAUAUAAUGCCUUAUUUCUGCUGUCUUUGUGUUGUGCCACACAAUUGCUUUAUUUCACAACAUUUUCAAAGGGUUUUAGUCCACAUUUGUUUUGUACAUUUAUGUUCCUCAUUUUCAUUAAAAAAAGAGCAGUGUUUAAUGGUAUUGUGCAACAUGAUUCUAAAGGUCAGAGGUCAGAAAAGACCCUGAGAAGUCUUUUACCAGAAUGUGAAGAUUCAGGGGUUUUGCAUUUGGAAAUUCAGUGGAUUUAUAAUAAUGUUAUGCAGGGGAAUUCUGAUGGUGUUGAAUUAAAAUAUCAAAUGUAGUCACAUCCUGACAGCCUACAGUAUUUCAGUGCAGAGGUCUCUCCUCCCCCCACACAUACUGUAACCUUUUGUGCAUGUGCACCACGGCGAUGACGUCAUCCGCAUGAACGCCUCUCUGAUCUCAAAGGCUAGAGAUCGACUGAACUUCUACAAAGUUUAAAGGUCUCAUAUUUUGAGGAUUUCUUUUUUUAAUGUAAUAUGUGUUAACAUCUUACGUGUCUUCAUAAUAAAAGUCAUCUGAGCACA